AUGGCGUUGAACACCGGAAUCAGAUCUGUCUCAAAGAUCAUAGCUUCAUCCGAAUCAUCAAUCUCUAGAUCUGUGAGCAGAAGCUUCCACUCGACUGGAGCUAAGAAGAUGAGCGGAGGACAUGGCCAUGAUGAGCCAUACUACCUCCACGCCAAGCACAUGUACAAUUUGGACCGCAUGAAGUACCAAGGUCUCAAGAUGUCUCUCGGUGUCUUCACUGCUUUCAGCAUCGGUGUUGGUGUUCCCAUCUUUGCUGUUGUCUUCCAGCAGAGGAAGACCGCUUCUGGUUGA